AGGUGGUGGAUGUACAAUAAUCCAAGCAAAAUCCACUGUGGUUCUGAUAAAAGGGAGACUAAUGAAGGAUUGCAGUUUGGGUUUUCCAGAAGGACUAAUGGGUGAUGACUAUGACUAAGCUACUAUAACAGCCCAGCUCUGAUCCUCACAGGCUGCUGGCAGAUAUCUGAGUGGCAGGUGAAGCCUGAUUUGGCGUAGAGGUACGACAUUCCACAGGUGUGGGAUCAUGAACUGGGCUCUCUUUGACCGAGCGGGGGGUAUGGCAGGCAACGGCCAGUAUAAAACAGCGACUGGGGAGAUAUCAGGGUAGUGCAAACUUGGUGGAACAGUGAACUGCAGCAAACACCGAGUGGCCCUGCUUGAGUAUUUCCUUCAUCUUCAGCCAGAGGAAGCGCCUUUGCUGCCGCCAUCAUGAGCCGCAGCCCAGAUAGGAUCUCGUCCUACCGCCGACACUUUGAGGACAGCAGCAGCUCGUCCUACCAGGUCAGGGUGACCAGCCUAUCCCCCGCCAGGAGAGACACCCGUCAUGCCUCCGCCGGUUACUGCUGCCAAGGUGGGGCCGGCGGCAUGCGCGUGGAGUCAGCGGGACGGAGGAGUACCUCGAAUGCACGAAGGCCUCGGAUGGCAGGAGUAGGGUCGAGUGCAGGAGCCUUGGUCUGUGUUGGGCCAAGUGGAGAACUUCCUAUAGAUCUGGACGUGGCUUCAGCCGAAAAUCAAGAAUUCCUCCACACCCGCACAACUGAAAGACAAGAGAUGGUGGUCCUCAAUGACCGACUGGCUGUAUACAUUGACAAGGUUCGCUCACUCGAGCAGCAGAACAAGCUUCUGGAGACGGAGAUCGAGGCCUAUCAGAACCGCUUUGAGAGUCCAUCAGGUCUGCGCCUCUUGUACGAGGAGCAGCUGAGGGAGCUGAAAAAGAUUGCCGACCAGAUGAGAGUUCAGCGGAACAUUUCCUUGGCGUCUAAGGAGUCCACAGCUGCUCAACUGGAGAUGAUCAAAAUCAAAUAUGAGGAGGCCGUGGAGCUGAGGAGGAAAGCUGAGUUAGACAUUGAAACCUUCCGUCCAGAUGUUGACAAAGCCACCUCCUCGCGCAUUGCAUUGGAGAAGAAGCUGGAGCAGAUGGAAGUUGAAAUUGAAUUCUUAAAACGGGUCCAUCAACAGGAAAUUGAGGAGCUCAUGAAACAGAUUUACUCAGCUCACGCAUCAGCUCAGAGUGCAUUCGCCCUGCCUGACCUGGCAGCUGCUUUGAAACAGAUCCAAACGCAGUACGAUGACAUCGCAGCCAAAAAUCUCCAGGAGAUGGAUUCAUGGUAUAAAAACAAGUUUGAAGAUCUAACCAGUAAGACGUCAAGGCACGUGGACAAGGUUCGAAGCAUUAGAGAUGAAAUAGCAGGUGCCAAAAAGGAUAUCCAAAGCAAAGACCGUGACUUGGAUUCACUGAGGAGCAGAAAUGAAGCUCUUGAGGCCCAGAUCCGAGAGGCACAAGAGAAGUACAAGAUAGAACUAGAAGACCUGCAGGCUCGGAUUGAGGCCCUGCAGCUUGAGCUAAAAUCCACCAAGGGGAAAAUUGCACUGCACCUGCGCGAGUACCAGGACCUUCUGAAUGUCAAGAUGUCUCUGGAGAUUGAGAUAACAACAUACAGAAAACUUGUUGAAGGAGAGGAUCUGCGGCUCUCUGGCAUGAUGCAAACCCUGUCCCUUACCAGCUGUAGAAUGGGCGCCAUUGGUGGCGGGAUGAGCUUCAGUGGAGGAGGAGGAGGAGGUGGAGGAGGCAUGGGUGGUGUUAGUGGAAUGAGCGGCGGCAUGAUGGGAGGUAAUAGCGGAGGGAGUGAAAGCAUAGGAAGUGGAGUAGCGAUGGGUGGGGGAAUUGGUGCAGGGGGCAUGGGCGGGGUUCAAGGCAGUGGGGCUGGAGGAAUGGGUGGCGCUGGUGGUCCGGAUGACAAAAUGGGUCCUGGUGGGGCAGGAGGGGCGGAUAUGGGUGGCCUUCAUGGAUUGGGAGCUCGGGGUGGAGGUGUACGAGCUGGUACUGGGGCUGGGGGUACGUCAAGCAGGGGAGGCGUGGGGGCUAAAGAAAUGAAUGGUGAUGGUGCUGGGGGUGGCAUUGGGGGGUCUGGAGGUGUGGGCACUGGUGCUAGCGAUUUGGGCAGUGGUGCCAUCGGUGUGGGUAAUGGGGCAGGAGGUUUGGGCACCGGCACAGGGUUUAGUGUAAGAAAUGGUGGUGGAGCGACGGGUGAUGGGAUUGGCAGAGGCGUAGGUAGAGCUGCGGGUACAGAUCAUGGAUUGGGUGCUAACAGGAGGGGUGGCGGAAUCGGAGGCGAUGGAGGAACUGAGGAUGUGGGUGGAGGUGUUGCACUGUCAGGCAUUGGUGGAAUGGGGACGAUUGGUGGAGGAAUGGGUGACACUGGAGGGUCCGGGAUUGGAUACGGAUCUGAUGGAUAUGACGACAACAACGAGCCUUACGCAGAGCAAGCCGUCGAGCUGACGGAGAGGAGGACGGUACUCAUUAGAACAGUUAAAAAUGAGGAUCAGGUGCUGGAGAUGGACCACCAAGAACAGACCUACAUCAUUACCGGUGCAGCCGACGACUCUGACGACGAAUGAGCAGCAUGAAUUACUAAUUGACCUCCCCUCGCCCUUAAACCUCCCCGCCCCUCUGAGCUUUGCACUGACCACAGCCCAUGUCUGGGCACUGACCUUUGCCCUUUGCCCUGGACAAGAGCACCAUGAAUGACCCUUUGCCAGAGAGCGAAACAUUCACCCCAUAGGGUUUAUAUAUGGCUCACUAGUAACACUAGCGCCCCCCUGCCCUCCUUUUUUUGUACUUGCAGCAAAUAAAGCUAUCAGCAUUCAA